AGUGAGGGUGAGUUAGAUAUCAUGUUGGAGAUGGUGAAUUUCUGUUUAUAUAUAUGAGGGUAAAUUUGUAAAAUGAAUUUUAUUUUGUGGACGUUAACUGGAGAUUCGAGGGUGGUUUAACAACCCCUUUAAAAAAAAAAUCAAAUGAUGAUAAUUUGAAAAUUGGCAAUAGAAAGACAAUAGAAAAGUAAAAACACAAUUUUUGGUUUUUUUGUCUUCAAAAAUCGGGAUACUCUAAAAAAAGAAAAAUGUCAAGCAAAACCUCAGGUGGCAGUUUCCAUUCAUUAUACAUUUAUACGUCGUAAUUUUUUUUAAAAAAAGAAAAGAAAAAUUUGAAAUCGAGUCAUCAAAUCUACGUAAGCAUACAGGGUACAAAUCAAGGAUUAAAUUGAGAAGGUCAAUCCCAGAUAAAUAAUACUCCAAAUCGAUAGUAUAAAUCAACAUCAAAUCACAAUUUGGUUGGAUUACACAUAAUUACAAAGGUUGACUUUUAGUGGCUUCUAGUUUUUUUUUUUCUUUUAGAAGUUCUCAUUUAGUUCGCCGGAGAUCGUCAUUUCGUGGAAUUCUGCCUCCAUAUUUCAAGGCACUUGUACGGUUUCAAUUUCGUGCUCAAAGAAACAAAAGUGACCAUGAGAUAGAUGGAUUACAUUAGUAAGCUACCGGAUGCACUGCUUUGCCAUAUCUUAACUUUUGUGCCUACAAAACUUGCUGUUGCAACUAGUAUAUUGUCUAGAAGAUGGGUCUCUAUUUGGACUAAAGUUCCUGUGCUAGACUUUAUCAAGCUUCCUAUAAGGACUGUGAGAGAUAUAAUUUCAUGAGUUUCAUAGAUAAUGUUCUGCUUAACAAUGACGUUCAUGUCUGCAACGUUUUCACUUUGAAAUACUUAAAGAUUUUAUAACCGUCCAUGUCAACACAUUGAUCAAUUCUACACUGAGACGUGAAAUUUGGGAGCUUUAUCUGAUUAAAGAUGAUUGGGGUUUACCAAAUAAACUUGUGCGCCUGCCAGUGGACUUAUUUGCUCGUCAGACACUUAAGGUGUUGAAGCUAAGGGGUACUUUCGAAAUCAAUGUUUGGUUGAGCUUGCAUCUACCAAAACUUGAGACUCUAUACCUUCAUGGAUCGAGGUUUGUAGGUAAAGAUGUGCUGAAGAUUCUUACUUCAGGUUGACCUGUUCUUAAAGAGCUGAUGAUUAUAUAUUGUGAAGGCAUAAAAGAGCUAUAUAUAGAUUCUCUGACCUUGGAUAAACUGAAAAUAUGUAAUGAGAGCCAAUUUAUUGCUGUUAAAGCACCAAAUAUUAGAUGCCUUGAUGUAGCUGUUGAUGGGUCGAGAUAUGAAGUAAGCAACCUUAGUUCACUUGAUGAAGCCAGGAUUUGCUUAGGUGGUUAUGAAUACGAACCUUGGAAACUUGAACUUAUCAGAAGAGUCUCCAAAGUGCAGACUCUAUGGCUAUCACAGUCUACUGUUGAAUUGUUUGGUCAUGUUAGUGAGAAUGAGCUCCCCAUGUUUCCGAACUUGACUCAUUUGGAGAUUGAAAUUGAAAAUAUUAUGUUCCAGAUGCUAAAACUUGCUCCGAAGCUAACACAUUUAAUUGUGGAUGUGUGUCACUUAUUAGAUGAUGACGCUCUUUCAUUUCCAUCUGAAAUAGUGCCUCUGUGUAUUUCAUCCAUUCAAUAUAUUGAGAAUCAAAGAUUCUAUUGUUUGGAAGAGGACACAAAACUAGUAAUGUACAUUUUGAAGAAUGCAAUGUUGUUAAAGGAGUUGAAACUACACAUGCAUCAUCAUUGUGUGAGUUUGAAACGUGAAAGGGAUGCAUUUAAGAAGCUACUAAGUUUUCCAAGGGUCUCCUUUUGCGAAGUCAUUAUUUGUUCAUCUUGUGAAUGGGAAACAUUGCCCCUUCACUUUCCUGCUAUUUCUCCUCAAUAAUCUCAGUAAGUAGAAUAAUUAACUCCAAUGUUCUCAUUGUGGAGGGAACUUUAAUGUUUAUGAAUGUGAUUGAAGACAAUAUAUACUCUUUACUGUACAUCUGCUUAUCACAACUUUUUUUUUUUUUAACUAAAAUUAUUCUUAUUUCAGCUUUGAUGCUUAUUCUUAUUUCAGCUUUGAUGCAUUACUGAUGUUAUCUUCAUAACAUUUAACUCCUAGCCAUCUAUUUGUAGAACUAAGCUCUUAUUUUGUGGUUCUGAUUAUUUAUGUUGCAUCUUAUUUUGUCAGGAAAAAUAUUAAUAACAAAAUGGAAAAAAAAAAAAAAAAGGUUUGAAAUUGUAAAACCUCAAUCUUGACACCUCUUUCUUAUGGAGGCUUUUGUUUGACCAUUGCUUGAAUGUAGUCCUAGGAAACGCUUUACACUAUGUUUGGAUAACAAUAGUGAAAGGAUGGAAAGAAAAAGUAGGAAGAGAAAGGGAGGUAAGGGGAGGGAGAGAGUUACUUUCCAAUUUUCUUCUAAUUAUCCCUAGCAAUGGAGGAAUUUUGUUUAUGAAAAAUGGAAGCUCCAUUUCCUUUCCCAUCAAUUGCCCGAUGUCUAUUCAGACAAGCUAAGAAACAUGUGUGAGUAAUUGAUCAUACUAAUCAUACUGAUUGAAUUAAUUGAGCAUACUAUCACUUCUUUAGAAUUGGUUCGAUAACUAAUUGAACAUACUAAUCAUUUUAGACCAACCACUUCUUAAGAACCAAGCGCCCUCGUGUGAAUAGAGGCAUGCAAAAAAAAAAAAUCUAACCUGUUCAACCCGAUUUGAAUUCUAGGAUAUCUUAAUUGAUUUUUAUGUUUUAGAUACUUUGACUCGAAUUCGAUCGUCGUAUAUAAUUUUUGAAUAUCUAAAAUAUUCCAUAUUUUAAUUUAUU